GCCCGUCUCUCGCGGCGCUGGGAGAUGGCGGAGCUGGACAUUGGGCGGCACUGCCAGGUGGAGCAGUGCCGGCAGCGAGCCUUUGGAAGAGGCUUAUGGUCUCCUUGGAAUGGAACCGUGCGAUUCCCAGAAACAUACCUUGCAGUGUGAACUUUGAUUUUCGAGUGCGCCUUGCCAAGAAGUCGCUUCGCGCCCACUCCUUUCUGAUGAGCACGGAUUUUCUUCCAUUUGUAUGUGAUUGUUGUUCAGGAAUAUUUUGCCUUGAACACAGGAGCAGGGAGUCACAUAGCUGUCCUGAGGUGACUGUAAUUGAGAGACUGAAGUCAGAUACACAUACAUCUUACCCAUGCUCAUUCAAGGACUGUGCUGAAAGAGAGCUUGUGCCAGUUAUGUGCCCUUACUGUGAGAAGAAUUUUUGCCUGAGACAUCGUCAUCAGUCAGAUCAUGAAUGUGAAGAACUGGAAAUCCCUAAGUCUCGUAUGGCUGCCACUCAGAAACUUGUUAAAGACAUUAUUGAUUCCAAGACAGGAGAGACAGCAAGUAAACGACGGAAAGGUGCAAAACAUAGUGAAACAGCUGCAAAGGUAGCAUUAAUGAAAUUAAAGAUGCGUGCUAAUGGAGAUAAAUCAUUGCCACAGACGGAAAGAAUUUACUUUCAGGUUUUCUUACCUAAGGGGAGCAAAGAGAAGAGUAAGCCAAUGUUCUUUUGCCAGCAGUGGAGCAUUGGAAGGGUCAUAGACUUUGCAGCUUCUUUAGCCAGUCUUAAAAAUGACAAUAACAAAUUAACACCUAAGAAAUUGAGGUUAUGUCACAGUACCUCAGGAGAAGCCUUACCUUUGGAUCAUAUUUUGGAAACCUGGAUUGCUAAGGACGAUUGUCCUUUAUACAAUGGUGGAAAUAUUAUCUUGGAAUAUUUGAAUGAUGAAGAGCAGUUUUUAAAAAAUGUUGAUUCGUACUUGGAAUAGUCAUUCAGGGAGUCAAGCUAGAAAUCAUGAGGAAAAUUCAAUGUUAAUCAAAUUCUUUUACUACAAAUACUAUGUAUUUUUUAUUUUUGAAACUUGCUUUUUAUUUCCAUUAUA